AUGCAGGACGAUGUCGUCGAUGCGAAUGGCCAACCAGGCUUCACAUGCACCCUGACCGUAACAGGAGAAACAGAAACAAAGAACAUACCAGCCUCAACACUCAUGUCCAUCGAGAAACCCGGGAUCGAGUCCGUGGUCAUCACUGGCACAUACACCCCACAAACCUCCGGAAAGCACUACCUCUCCUUCGCCACUCUUGGCAAAAGCAAAGUCACCAUCAACGACUCCCUCGUGUUCGAUUGCCCCGCCCUCUCCGCCGACCCCAUGGCCAUGCUCCUCGGUACCGCCACCGAGGAACGCAAACAGUACGACUUUAUCGCCGGCAAGUCCUAUGACAUCAAGAUCGAAGCCGACUCGAUCAAAGGCGGCGACCACGACCUCUCCAUCCUUCCCAACGCACUCAUCUGCCUGAACCUCGGCUUCGCGUCACAGGCAGAAUUCGAGGCUGACUUGUUGGCUGACGCCACUGCGGCAGCGGAGAAGAGCGAUGUCGCGAUUGUGUUGGUGGGACACACGUCCGUCUGGGAAACGGAGGGGUGUGACCGGGAGAGCAUGAAUUUGCCGAUGGACGGGUCGCAAGAUGAGUUGAUCCGUGCCGUCGCCAAAGUCAACCCGAACGUCGUCAUAGUUUCGAGCACCGGAAGUCCGAUCGCGAUGCCCUGGUUAAAUGAUGUCAAGGCGGUGGUACAAGCGUGGUUCCCGGGUCAGGAGGCAGGGUAUUCGAUCGCGGACGUGUUAUUGGGGAAGGUGAAUCCUAGUGGGAAGCUGCCCGUUACAUUUCCCAGGCGGGUGGAGGAUGUGCCAACUUAUAAGAAUUUUCCGUGUACGGGAAAGUUGGAGGAUUUGAAGGUUGUUUAUGAGGAGGGUGUGAGGAUUGGGUAUAGGUACUAUGACGGGGAGGAGGAGGGCAAGGUGUUGUUCCCGUUUGGGUUUGGCGGAAGCUAUACGACUUUUGACGUUGAGGCCGUCAAGAUCUCGGAGCAGAAUUUGAAGGCGAACUCGACAUUCACCGUCUCGGCUACAGUGCGCAACACAGGAAGUCUACCCGGCAGAGAGACUCUGCAGGUCUACGUCGCGUUGAAAGAUCAGACCCAAUCGAGAGAGCUAGGAAGACCGGUCAAGACACUCGUAGGGUUUGGCAAGACGGCUGAUCUGAGUCCUGGGCAACAAGAGGUGGUGACGAUGAAUGUGGAUGUGAAGGAGACGUUUGCGCACUGGGAGGAGGAACGGUAUCGGUGGGUGGUACCUGGUGGAGAGUGGGAGGCUUUGGUGGCGACGAGCUGUGCGAAAGCUGAUGUGGUAGGGAGGAUUGGGGUUACGAUUGCACAAAAAGGGGAGUUCGAGCCAUGA